AUGGAAAAAGGACGUUGCCACUGUGGACAAACAGAAUGGGAGGUCAAGCUAGACGCUAAGGAACAUAUUCUCUGGUCUGAGCAUGCCCUCUUCAAGGGAUACCGACCUGAACUCUGGCUAACGUCAUAUAGCCACUGUGACACAUGCAAGAUUCUCUCCGGAGGAACAUACACCCUAAAUCAGAUCAUUCCCAAGGAAGACCUCAAGGUCACCAAAGGAAACCUCAAAGCCUACACUUACCACGGUGACUCCGGAAAAGCCGUGAACUGCUACUAUUGCCCAAGUACUCCUCACCACCUACCAAAUUGCUCUCUGGGCAACUCCUUCCCUAGCUCAAAAGACUCGCUAACAACGACAGACUGCACAUCCCACGCAUACCACCACCAGGAAGUAAUGGGCGACAAAGUCGUGGUACGAACCGGGCUUCUCGAGUCGGCCGCAAAAAUGAAGCCAGCUGCAGAGAUCUACGGCAAGGCAAGGUAUGGAUGGGAGAAGGAGGUUGCUCAGACUUUUGAUACUAUGCCUCCUUCGUAA